GUAUGUAUUGACAUUUCUUGUAUGUUGGUUUUAGUAUGUUCGAUAUUGCCACUUCCCUGGUCAUAUUCUUCCCGGUAAAAGAUGCUUUUUUUAGGCUCGAAAACCAGAUUCUGCACUGGCUUGACAUCCUUGUCAAUUGCAGGUCGAGUUAGUAAGACGGAUCUUCGAGCGACACCCACACAUUGCCAGACAGUUGAGGUCAGCAUAUAUGGAUUCCCUCCUCAGCCUUAUCAAGAAACUGUGCUUACCGCUUCAGGAGCUGGCAGAAGACGACAUAAUCGACGUAGAAAGCAGAGUGACUGAUCUAACGGAUGGAGGGUUUAAGAUAGAUUGGUUGAAGAAGAAGGUAGAGGAGGUUAACGUGAGGAAGAAGAAAGAACAGAGGAGUGAGGCCAUGAUCCCGGAACUGGAGGAAGAGUUGCAGAAUCUGAAACUGAGGCUGUCGGAAGUGGAAGCUGAGCUGCAGAAGGAGAGAGCCGAGGUUUUUGCCGCUAGGGUUCCUCUGAAGUUCGACGACGUGUGGUUUGAUGUUUUAAUUGAUUUUGUUCUAAAGCUCUCAUUUUUUAAAUACGAUCUUAUUUUCGAUAUGCUGAAGGAUUUCAACCUUCAAAGUUCAAAAUUGAAUCGGGGAUCGGUCGGAUAA